CCAAAAGCCUACUUUCAGCUUCGAACAUUGACAAGUCUUAAAUCUGAAUCCUCCUCCACGGCUUCUGCAGGUUUUCAGAAGCCCUCUACUUCAAUUCACCCCACUUGCACUAUUUGGCCAGCCGAACAUUUCCUACUAUCGCCAUGGCAGACCGGCCGCCGGAAUUCACCGGGCAGUUUCCCUCGUCUUUUGACGACGAGGAGGCCUACAAUGAGAAGCCGAUGCAGAAAGUCAAGCGCAAGCUCAAGGAGGAGCCUCUGGUGCCUCUUGGAAUCGGUUUGACCGUCCUCGCCUUCGUCAAUGCCUACCGAGCCCUCCGAAAAGGCGAUUCCAGACAAGCAAACAAGAUGUUCCGCGCUCGUGUCGCCGCUCAGGGUUUCACCGUCGUCGCAAUGGUCGCCGGAAGCAUGUACUAUAGCAAGGACCGUGAAAAGAGCAAGGAGCUGCGCAAGCUCAAGGAAGAGCGGGAUGCGGAAGAGAAACGCCAGAAGUGGAUCCGAGAGCUUGAGGCCCGUGACGAGGAAGACAAGGCCAUGAAGGCUCUGAUUCAAAAGAAACAAUCCAAUCUUGCGGGCCAGUCUGAUUCAGCCAGCGGAGAGCAGACGCAAGGCACCGGCGGAAUCCUAGGCAAGAUGGGAUUAUGGUCAAAGGGCGAGAAGGCUGCGGCAGAGGCCGCAAAGGCUGAAGCGGUCGCAGAACCUGCAUCAGAUAAGAAGUCGAGAAAAGAGAACCCGAAGAGCUCUCUUGGCGCGCUGGGCGAGAUUUAUGGCAAGAAGGACGAGGAAUCCAAGAAAUGAAGAGAAAGACGAAACCAACCCAGCUAUAUGGGUGACUAAACGACUAAAAAGCGCUGUACAUAAUCCGUUGUUAAAAAUUGUAUGAGCAUGUACGAUAGGUAGUUCGAAUUUAGGGCAUUGAUUGUAAGCCACCCCCUUCUCUUAAGAAUAUC